GACCUGCCUCUGCUUUCCUCCUCGUCCCCCUUCAGGUCCCCGUAGAGGCGGCGGGGCCAGCGCCAUGGCGGAGCUGACGGCUCUCGAGAGUCUCAUCGAGAUGGGCUUCCCCAAGGGACGCGCGGAGAAGGCGCUGGCCCUCACGGGGAAUCAGGGCAUCGAGGCUGCGAUGGACUGGCUGAUGGAGCACGAAGACGACCCCGACGUGGACGAGCCUCUGGCCAGCCCUCUCGGACACGUCCUGGGACGAGAACCCACGUCGUCGGAGCAAGGUGGCCCUGAAGGACCGCCAUCCUCUCCAGGAGAAAAACCCGCCUUGAGUGAAGAGGAAAGACAAGAGCAGACCAAGAGGAUGAUGGAGCUGGUGGCCCAGAAGCAACGGGAGCGUGAAGAGAGAGAGGAGCGAGAGGCGCUGGAACGGGAGCGGCAGCGCAGGAGACAAGGGCAGGAGUUGUCCGCUGCGCGACAGCGCCUCCAGGAAGACGAGAUGCGGAGGGCUGCCGAGGAGCGGAGGAGGGAAAAAGCAGAGGAGUUAGCAGCCAGACAAAGAGUUCGAGAAAAGAUUGAGAGGGAUAAAGCUGAAAGAGCCAAGAAGUAUGGUGGCACUGUGGGUACGCAGCCAUCUCCAUCAGCCACAGAACCAGGUCCUGUUCCCUCUCCCAGCCAGGAGCCUCCCACCAAGCGGGAGUAUGACCAGUGUCGCAUACAGGUCAGGCUGCCAGAUGGAACCUCACUGACACAGACUUUCCGAGCCAGGGAACAGCUGGCUGCCGUGAGACUUUAUGUGGAGCUCCACCGUGGGGAGGAACCUGGAGGGGACCAGGACCCUGUGCAGUUGCUCAGUGGCUUCCCCCGACGGGCCUUCUCAGAGGCUGACAUGGAGCGGCCUCUGCAGGAACUUGGACUUGUGCCUUCUGCUGUCCUCAUCGUGGCCAAGAAAUGUCCCAGCUGAGGGACCAUUAUCACACCAUCUCUUAUGACCUUUUCAUCUUUGAUAAAAGCACUGACAUCCCUUUCCUAAUAAAUAGACCCUGCGAGUUCUGUA